AGAGCUAUCCUGACGAAUCCAGACCUGCUGUCCAGCACGCCGUGGUCUCGGUUGCUGGAGAACGAUUUCUGGGGCACGCCCCUGAACGAUCGAGGUUCGCACGGUAGUUACAGGCCUCUCUGCGUGGCAACCUUUCGUCUGAAUCAUCUGUUGGGUGGCCUGGAGCCGUGGGGCUAUCACCUGGUGAACGUUGCGUUGCACGCCGCUUGCACGGUGCUUGUGGUCAGAGUUGCCAGAAAGGUACUACCGGGAAGAAACAACCUCGGCCACGCGAUCACCGGCUUCCUGUUCGCCGCUCAUCCGAUUCACAGCGAGGCAGUGGCCGGUGUGGUCGGUCGUGCGGACCUUCUCGCCUGUUUGUUGACUUUGACGGCGUUCCUCGCGUACAGUGCCCACUGCGAGCGCACCAGAUCACCGUUCCCUUUGCUUCUGGCCCUCGUGUCGUCCACCCUGGCCACGCUCGCCAAAGAAACUGGAAUUUCUUCGCUGGCACUGUGUCUCCUUUGGGAAUUGUGUCGCGGCGAGUCGAGUCGA